UGCGCAUGCGCAAUGCAAUGAGCAUGAAGAAGUUGACGUAGACCUGCCUCAAUGAAAACAACGUAGAUGUGGCGCCGUAGAGGAGCAGUCUGCAACAGAUAACAACAUCUGUGGCGUUUAUUCAACCUCAAGUAAAGCCCCUUUGCCAAUGAAAGCAGCUAGAAGCAAUAUGUUGGGUGCUGGAACAUCCAACAACAAAGUCAAGUAUUCACGGCUGGCUGCCGAUGACGAUGGUUACAUAGACUUACAGUUCAAGAGAAGCCCUCCAAAGGUUCCCUACAAGGCGAUUGCACUGGCAGUAUUCCUGUUUUUGAUUGGCUCCUUACUGAUAAUCUUCGGGGCUCUUCUUUUGUCAGGAACCAUAAAGGUCGAGCAUCCAGACCGCACCAUUCCUGUCAUUAUCAUAGGACUACUUGUUUUCCUUCCUGGAUUUUACCAUUUGAGAAUCGCCUACUACGCCGCCAAGGGUUACCGGGGUUACUCCUAUGACGACAUCCCGGAUUUUGGCGACUGAGCCAAAUGACAGCUGCUGAUUGGCGGAGAAUACCCUUCCUUUUGCCACACUGUGUAUCCUGAGACUGUUGCCUGCUGUUUACUUUGAGUUUCUGAAUGUAUGUAGCCAAUAAGGCAAAACCUUUAUCACCGUUCUGCCACGGAGACUCGUGUUUGUUAACAGGUGCACCGUGCAGGAAGUGUUUUUGCUGAUUUUUGAAAACAGUGGUGUUGUUUAUUUGCUGCUCUGUGUCGUAUUAUCCUCCACACAAAAGCUCGACGAACCAUAGAGGCUUUACAUAUUCUACAACAGUGAACCAAACAUGAGUAGAGGAUGUCAGAGCAGCCGCUUGCCUGCGACCCUACAGCAACAUGUUGCUGAUGUACAACACUCACCACUCAGUCGUGACAUGAUAACAAACCUGGGGUGAGUGGUGAAACAUUUUUUGGACACUACACAGAUGCCUUUAACUUACUACUGCUUGAAAUUCAAUGAUCUAGAUGACUGAAAAUCAUGUUCUUUGCACAGUUGCACAGCUGUUUCAUAGUGUUCUUAAACAAAUAUUUAACCUAUAUGAUAUGAAAAGCUCGGAGGCCUAUUCUUCUCCUGAAGGAUUAUAUUUGCAGUACUAUCCAAAGAUUGAUUACUUUGCCGAAGAGCAGUCUAUUUUUGAAUGGAAUGUAUUACUUUCUUUAUGAAGUAUUGCUGUGUGUAUUCAUUUGGUUUUUAAUAACAAAGCUGUAUUUUAUACGUACAUUUGCUUGAAUUUAAGAAAUAAAGAAAUUAAAAGUAGAAA